GUUCAACCAGACGCUCGGCUGUCUCCGUAAAACUCCGACGAGCAGAGAGUCUGGUAAAGCGUCACGUAAAUGUUUGUAACGUCAAAACGAGGCUUACCAAAAUACCGGUAUUUAAUUUGAUUGGUUGAAAGAAACACACCUCCUAUUACAUGUAAACAAUGACGGAAGAAAACUCUAUAUCGGAUAUUUGUGAUGGAAUGAAUUUGCCAUUUAAACUUAAAGAACUCCAACUAGAAUGUUUAAAAGCGGUUGUGAAUGGAAAGGAUUUAUUUGCUGUGUUACCUACGGGUUAUGGUAAAACCGUUUUGUAUUCAAUUUUACCAAAACUACUGUGGGAAACAAAAGUGAAAGUACGUUUUCCAGCUGACUGUGAUCGAAGUUCUUCGGUUGUGGUGGUGAUCUCUCCGUUGAUAUCUUUAAUGAAAGAUCAAGUCAUUAACAUUCAAACUUUUGGAGUUGACUGUGUCUAUAUCGGAGAGAAUCUGGAAGAAGGAGUAUUAGAGAAGAUAAAAAAUGGAGAGGUACCAAUUCUAAUGAUGAGUCCCGAGAGCCUCUUUACUGGGUCAUGGAGAAAACUCUUUGAGACAGAAAUAUUUAGAGAUAUUGUCUCUGCAGUUGUUGUUGAUGAAGCUCAUUGUGUGGACCAAUGGGGAGAUGAAUUUAGAAAAGAUUAUAGCCGGAUUUCUGAGCUGCGUAGUCUCCUCCCACAGGCCGUAAUGGUUGCUUUAACAGCAACUGCCACCAAAGACGAACGGAAUCGAACAUCAAAGCUCCUGGGAAUGAAUAAUUAUGAAACCAUCAUUGGAUGCUGCAACAGGACAAACAUAAUGUAUUUUACCAAGCGGGCGUCUAGUGAUAUUGAGGAAAAUUUACAGUGGCUGAUUGAUGAACUCAUCACCAAAAAGGAAGGUACACCAAAAUCAAUUAUUUACUGCAGAAAUAUCAAAUCAUGUUCUCAAAUUUAUUCACUAUUUCGAAGAAAAAUUGGAGCCCAAAAUUCAUAUAUAGGACAACCUUCAGCCCAGAAAUGUUUAUACGCAAUGUUUCAUCAUUCCACGCCAGAAAAAAAUAAAAACAUUGUAGCAGAAAACUUUAGAAAAAAUGAUAGUAAACUGCGUGUUGUAAUUGCAACAAAUGCCUUUGGAAUGGGAGUAAAUGUUCCAGAUAUCCAAAAAGUCCUUCAUUGGGGUGCAUCAAGAAGUGUUCAAGGUUUUAUGCAAGAAAGUGGUCGAGCAGGUAGAGAUAACAAGUUUGCAGUUUCUGUCGUUUACUACCAUCCAGUAGAUAUAAGUGCUACAGCAACAGAUGAUCAUAUGCGGCAUUACUGCAAGUUGACUUCUUGUAGAAGGCAAUAUUUGUUGAAUCAUUUCUCGCCAGAAAAUAUGAGUACCGGUAAUUCUGACAAGAUAAUUGAACACUUCUGUUGUGACAACUGUGCAAAACUUUGUAAAUGUGGAAAUUGUCCUACAGACUUCCAAAUUUUUAUCUCCGAUGAAGACGACAGCAUUAUGCUGGCAGCGGCUGAGGAAUAUGAUGGUGAUGACAGCAGGCCUUACAGAGCAAUGAGCCCAGAGAACAGGGGAAUUCUUCGUACAUCUUUGGAAAAACUGAGAAUGGCAAUGGUACAAAAAGAGAACUACUCCCCAACUAUGUUACCCGUAAAUAUAUUAACUGGUCUUAGUGAUGCUGUGAUCAGCAACAUUGUUAGCAAUGCACAUUACUUCUAUGACCCUGCUGACUUAUUUGGUGAAUAUGUUAAUGAUGAGAGUUUGGCCAUUGACAUUAUCAAACUUAUUGAAGAAAUCUGUGAAUAAAUCAAGUAAAUUAACAACACAAAUUUGAAAUUAUUAUUGUGAUAUUUAUUAAAGUAAAGCCAUAACUUCUUUAUAAUGAAAUUAUUAAUUACAAAUAUUACUUAUUCAGAAACACAACUUUGCCAAUCAGUUUACAAUAAUUCACAUAUCAUAAUAUAAACGUUAGACUCUUUGAUGUCUUUGGAGUCAAAAAUGGGGGCUGAAUACCCUGAACAAGUGUUCUACAGUUACACACAUUACAUAUUAGUAAAUUAAAUGUGAAUUUGCAUAUAUACCAAUUUGAAUUACAGUUUUGAGUCAACAAUCAUUACACAAAAGUAGUUUCGUAGUAUAAAUGCAUAACAUAUGUCACCACACAAGAGAAUAUAUUUCUUAAAUAUACAUUGAAUGACUUACAUGUAAUUUGGCAAACAGUAAUUACGAAUUAAUAAAGCACAUUCGAUAUAAUUAGCAAGACCAACCAAGGCAGCCAUGAUCUGAACCCAACAACUGAUGUAAUUUAAUUGGAGACUUAUAAUAAUACUUGCUUGAAUAUAUAUUUUCUUAUUUUAUAUUAGUUUGGACACAAUGCUAUAAAAAUAUAUACCGAAAUUUUCCUUUAAGAUAUGCUAGUCAGUGCCAGGCAUUUGUUACAGUAUUUAAUAUCAGUAAUCAUAUCAAACAAUUGUAAUCAACCUUCAAAUUUUAUAACAAAAUGUAUCAAUGCACUUUCAAUAGUUUAUGGAGCAUGAACAUUCAAUUUUUUUUUGUAUCAUUUGAUUCAUUAAAAAUAAUUUUCCAUAGAAAAAAUCAAUAAAUUUA